AUGGACAUCGAUGAGAUGUCAGCGGUUGGCCUAGCGCGAGAAGUGGCCCGCAAACCAAAACCCAUACAAAUGGAAGUCGAUAAGUUCGACGGCAAAGAAGGUGACAACCUUAUGCUUUGGUUCCGACCAGUUAGUCGGCUAUUUUUAUAGCCGACAUCAUCUAUGAACGGUACCGUGUUGGCUUUGCCACAAAUAAUCUGGGUAGAUUAGCCAAGCAAUGGGCGUUCAAUUGCGGUGCAUCACUGCAAGAUGCAUUCCCAACAUGGGCCGAUCUGAAAGUUCAGAUGACCCGGCAGUAUGCACCGCCGAACCAGGAGCACCGUAAUCGGUGGAUAUUCUUGGCGUGUCGCCAAGGCAAGUGUAAGCGUGCGGCAUAUGUACAAGA